AUGCUGUUGACGCCAUUGUUGAGUACGCAACGCAUCAGUACUGGAUCGUUCGAGCCGCCCGCCAUUCACGUUAUCAUGUCUGGACGCUAA